CGCCCGUACGUCAAUGAUCCGCGACCACGUCUUUGACCAAUCAAAAGUCAGGAAUAUCUCAGCGUUUAUAUUCUGAAAUGAGGGCUCUGGGUCCGCUGUGUAACGAUUAGCAAAUCUGCGCAAACGAACAAUACUUUGUUGUGAUCAUUCAGUGUGGUUAUUUGUCGAAGUUUUACUAAAAAACCAAUUUAGUGCGAGUCUCGAUUUGCAGCAGUAACGUGUGUGCUAGUUUGCUAACGAUAAUGCUAGAGUAACAGUUAGCUAGUUCGGGUGGCGAAUAUUGUUCUUUAUUUCUGAGUGAUUAUAAUCCAUUGAUUGUUAACUAUGCCCAUUUUCUUUUCUAAAACGCCAAUAAAUCAGUAAAAACGGAAUUCUUAUUCGCCGGGUUUUUACAAUCGAAUGGUUCGCGAUGAACUCGAAGCGCAACGGUGAAAACGGGUCUGGCAGAAUCAACCAAGCAUCGGUACCGACACCAGCAAACAGCUCACCAGCAAGUGCUUCCCACCGUAAGCAAACUAUAAUAAAUAAAGGAGACAAAACUGAGUGCAUGCGGGACAAAAACAUGUCCAUCUCCACACUCCGAACCCGCCUCGGUCCGACCAUCCGGUCCACUCUGUCCGCAGCCGUGGACACCCUGCUGGGAGAGAUCGUGGCCGUGCUGUCCGAAACCCAGCGGGAGCUGUUGACCAAAGAGCAGGAAAACGAAAAACUUAAGAUUCGACUCGAAGUUUCAGAGAGAGAACUCAAAACGUUACAAGAGUGUCUUUGUAGCGCCCAGAAAUUGAUUGACCAACUUCAAGGUCCCUUUGGUAACCCGCCCAUGACGGGCCAUCACGCAUACACCACAGGGGGACCGUUAAACUCGAGCCGGUUGACUCACCGGACUGGACACGAGGCGGAUCCGCGCUGUUUUGCUGGAGGUGAACCGGAGUUGAGUGGAGCUCUGGGUGAUGCCAUACAUGGUUUUGACUCCAGGGAGGAGUUCAAGACCUGCCACCUCUCCAUUCAGGCAGAUGGGACGGUGACGAACAGUUUUUAUGACCCCAUAUCCGUCCAUUCAUCUAAUAUCUGUUCAGACAUGAACCGAACUGGUGAGAUGGUGGAUGACAGCAGGCGUCUGUCACACACUAGACCCCCAAACACCUCCUCGCACACUACGUUCUCUAUUAAAGAAGAACAGGGUCCUGCAUCUGUGCAGAUGUGUGUGCGAGCAAGAGAUACCCCAACUGAAACUGAGCACUCCGCACAGAGUUCAUGUGAUCUGGUGUUCCCCCAUGUACCCGAGGAAGAAGGAGGUUCCCAUUCGCAUAGCCAUCCUUCCAAACCUACACCACCUCCUCCGUCCAGGCCUCACAAUGGACCUUCUUCCAGUAAUUCAUCUCCGCAGGGGACCUCUGGGCUUAGAUCCGCUCAGAGAGAUGCUGCCGGUUUGGGUAUGUCAUCCAGGAGGAGUCCCGGGGUGGACGGUUCAUCUCCGGAGGAGCCCGCGCGGCGUUCCAUCUCUGAGCUGAUGGGGGAAGUGCCUGGGGAGCGGCCUCAUCUGUGUUUGGAGUGCGGAAAGACGUUCCGUCUCAUCUCCAGCCUGAAAAAGCAUCUGAGGAUCCACACGGGGGAGAAACCGUACCCGUGCACUGUGUGUGGGCGGCGUUUCCGUGAGUCAGGGGCCCUUAAGACCCACCUCCGCAUCCACACUGGUGAAAAACCGUAUUCCUGCUCUGAGUGUGGGACACAGUUUCGGCAUCUAGACGGCCUGCGAAAGCACCGGCGCACGCACACCGGCGAAAAACCUUAUGUGUGCGGUGUAUGCGGGAAGCGUCUUAGUCGCCUGCAGCAUUUGAAACACCACCAGCGCAUACACACGGGAGAGCGGCCGUGUUGCUGCCCGCUCUGCCAUCGUGGAUUUAAAGAUCCAGCCAGCUUGAGAAAACACCUCCGUGCCCAUCAAGGGGAGCCCGGAGCAGAUGAAGCCCUGGGCAUGGUCGGCCUCGAAGAGGGGGAUGCAGCUAUGGAUGAUGAGGAUAUGAGAUUUGGGAUGUGGGGGGAGGAGGAAGGAGGGAAUGAGGGAGAGCCUGUGGUGGACUGUGUGUAGUUGUGACAAAAGAUGGAGUUAUAGAUAAGCAAAUACAAACUGUGUAAUAUAAACUAAGAUUUUGGUUUUGCAUCAAAGGAACUUCUUAAGACUGUUGCUCCAUUGUAGUUAAGGUUUUUCUUUGUGUGAACUUGAGCGUGUGGCAGAGGGUUACGCCUUGUCUUUGGCAAAAAAAACUUUCAUUUAACAGAAGGACUUCAAACUUAUAAUGGCAAACUUACAAAAAAAAUGAUUAUAAAACUUCAAUGUGAUUAUUGACUCAAUAUAUCCACUUACUUUAUGUAUACAUUAUAUCACAACACAUAGGUCUGGACAAUACCACUGCAAAUCUGCAGCCUUAUACUUUUAUGUGUUUUACUUACACAGAAUACUGUGAUUUAGUGCAGGAGAUUGUUAUGCUCCAGUGAGACUAACAGGGUAUUAUAUGAUCUGUCGCUCACAUAUUAUAAGUGUUGUCAUUGGUGUAAUAAUGAUUUUAAUGUGGCCUAUUGUCCUAUGCCUGUUAUAUAAAGAGCUAUGAUGGACGUGUUCUAAAAUGAACACAUUAACGCCUUAAUAAUGGUUUUAUUGCACAGACUGACACACUAAUGUACAUAAAAAUAAUGGAAUUACGGUAUGUAGUGUUUAAACGACACGUUUGGUUUUUGACUCUUUAUUUUUUUUAAGUGUGUUUGCAAUUUUAAUGGUAUGUAGAAGACCGUAAUGUGUGUAAAUUAACUUUUCAGUUUAGCAAUUUAUUGUUACAUCGAUUAUUAUGAAAAAAGUUCCUCUAGAUGUAUGACAUGCAAGCACAAAAAUCAAGUAAGCUUCAGAGAAGUGGAUCCCUCUAGUGGGAGAAAGAGGGAAGGACUGUUACUUUGAUCAGAGUUUGGAUUUCUUUGGUGUCCUCCAAAGAUGGAAAAGCUGUUUCUGUAGUGGCCAAACACACAUAUAGUGGGGUUGUGAAUUCAAAUUACCCCAUCAUUUUAUAUCUUGUAAAAUGCCAUUUUGUACAUUGAAGUUGUACUGUAUAUUCUGUACAUGAAAUUGCAAAAAAAUGCAAGUUAGAAAUGUCUGUGCGAAAAUGAUUCGGAAGUGCUUUUAUAACAAUUUAUUUAGUUCAUUCUGUUUAAAUAUUACAUUUGUUUGUGUGAUGUUGAACUUUAAAUGUUGCAUUUUAAAGGUUGUAUUACUUCUAUAGUAGAGUUCAGCAAAAAAUUAUUGUAGUACACACAAUAACAUCAUACUUCGUAAAUGUGUGAAACAGUUAGAAUGGUAUGUCUAAUAAAGUUUGUAAGGUAUUAAAAUCAAUGUUUUGUGUUAGUAUUAA